CCACCACCUGCACAGCCCCAUGUUCUUCUUCCUGCUCAACCUGGCCCUCACUGACCUGGGCUCCAUCUGCACCACUGUGCCCAAAGCCAUGCACAAUUCCCUCUGGGACACCAGGACCAUCUCCUACUCAGGAUGUGCUGCACAGCUGUUUCUGUUUGUCUUCUUUCUUGGAACAGAGGUUUUCCUCCUGACCAUCAUGUGCUACGACCGCUACGUGUCCAUCUGCAAACCCCUGCACUACGGGACCCUCCUGGGCAGCAGAGCUUGUGCCCACAUGGCAGCAGCUGCCUGGGCCAGUGGCUUUCUCAAUGCUCUGCUGCACACCGCCAAUACAUUUUCCCUGCCCCUGUGCCAGGGCAAUGCCCUGGGCCAGUUCUUCUGUGAAAUCCCACACAUCCUCAAGCUCUCCUGCUCCAAAUCCUACCUCAGGGAAAUUUGGCUUCUUCUGUUUUCCCUCUGUUUAUUUCUUGCCUGUUUUGUGUUCAUUGUUUUCUCCUAUGUGCAGAUCUUCAGGGCUGUGCUGAGGAUCCCCUCUGAGCAGGGGCGGCACAAAGCCUUUUCCACCUGCCUCCCUCACCUGGCCGUGCUCUCCCUGUUCCUCAGCACUGGCAUUUUUGCCAACCUGAAGCCCCCCUCCAUCUCCUCCCCAUCCCUGGAUCUGGCAGUGUCAGUUCUGUACUCGGUGGUGUCUCCAGCCCUGAACCCCCUCAUCUUCAGCCUGAGGAACCAGGAGCUCAAGGCUGCCCUGAGAAAAUUGAUGACUCUGUAUUUUCAGAAGUAUUAAACUCUCUCUUUUCUGCUGCAGAGCCUUUUGAAUG